GAACUCGUGAUUCAUUGUUUAUUGGAAAGAGAGAAAGACUUCCACCGUCCACGCUCUCUAUUUCUCUGCAACUCGAUUUUUUUCUUGUUUAUACUUUCAUGGCGACUUUAAAAAAUCUAACAAAAUCGUUUAAACAAUUCAGAAAUUUCUCAUCAACAACAACAACAAUAAAUAAGUCUGUGAUUAAAGAAGGCUAUAAACAGCAAUCUCUUGAUCAUAAUCUUCAACGAUUUAAUCGAGGAGGAGAUGGAGAUAGUAAUCCGAAGGAUAGAAAUGUUCAUUGGGUAUUCUUAGGUUGUCCUGGUGUUGGUAAAGGUACUUAUGCUGGUCGUUUAUCAAAUCUACUCGAUGUUCCUCAUAUAGCUACUGGUGAUCUUGUUAGGGAAGAGCUUUCUUCUUCUGGUCCUCUUUCUAAACAGCUUUCAGAGAUCGUAAACCAAGGGAAAUUGUUAUCUGAUGACAUUAUUUUUCGCCUGUUAUCUAAACGACUUGAAACUGGAGAAGGUAAUGGUGAAUCAGGAUUCAUUCUCGAUGGUUUCCCACGAACCGUUAGACAAGCGGAAAUACUCGAGGGUGUAACAGACAUUGACUUGGUGAUUAACUUGAAACUUCGAGAAGAUGUCAUACUCUCGAAAUGCCUUGGAAGAAGAAAAUGCAACCAAUGUGGUGGGAACUACAAUCUUGCCACUAUUGAUAUCAAAGCGGAAAACGGAAGCCCUGGGAUGUACAUGGCUCCUCUUCUCCCACCAGCAGGUUGUGAGUCAAAGCUCAUAACUCGAUCUGAUGAUACAGAAGAAGUUGUGAAAGAGCGACUCCGUAUAUAUAAUGAAAUGAGCCAGCCUGUGGAGGAGUUCUACCGCAGUAGAGGGAAGUUAUUAGAGUUCCAAUUACCAGGAGGAAUCCCAGAAUCCUGGCCUAAGCUAUUGCACGCACUGAAUCUUGAGGAUCAUGAUGAUAAGCAAUCUGCAGCUGCAUAAUGUAGCAUAUACUGUAUUUAGGGAAUUUAUUUCAAGGUGAGUCAUGUUUGAGAUGGAAAUUGUUUUUAAUUUCAAACAAAAGUUUGAAUUAAACUACCCACUUAAUUUGGGAGGGUGAUGAUAGUCAGUAUGUGGAGAUGUUGAUCAUAAAAUGGAAGGGUGGUCUAUUAUUGUUUGGAGCAACAAUGGUAAUGCCCUGUUAUUCAAGCUCAGAAUGACGUGAAUAAGAUCUCGUCUGAGACUGAACUCUUUAUUAAUACAAGCAUCAUGCCAAAAUUUGAGUCUAUGAUUGGACAUCCUUGACAGAUGCGGACUUGGGUAUCGGUUUGAUAUGGUGUGCUACUCGACAGGUGUGGUCUGGUUCCUGAUGCUACAGCUGGAGAAGCUUCUGCCCUUCCUUUCACUUCUAGGCGAACCUGAAGUUCUCUUUAUUUAGUGAUUGUGUUGAAUAAGUUCAUCUAACUGAAGUACAUAGAGAUGCUAUGAAAGUGUAGCCUCUAAAACGAGCAUACAUUGAAAAAACUUAAAAUAAAAAUAUAGUAAAAUUGUUUUAACUCUUUA